AUGAAUGAUGAAGAGAAAAUUUUUUACAAAUUUAUUGAAAAUAAAACCCUUUUAAAACAAUUUUGCGAGGAAUAUGUAAAAAUACAAAACAACGAAAGGCUACUGAAAGAAGAAAAUAACCAAUUAAAAAUAAAAAAUUGUGAACUUGAAAAUGAGAUAGAAAAAUACAAAAAAAUAUUAAAUAAUAUAGAUAAAAAAAAAUCCAAAGAAAUUGAAAAUAGUAAUUUUGAAUAUGAUUUAAAAAUUAAAAGAAUGGAAAAACAAAUAGAUUUUCUAGAUUCAUGUCUAAGUAAAGAAAAAGAAAAUUAUGAUUUAAAAAUGAAGGAACUAAUAUCAUUAAAAUUAGAAAAUGAAAAAUAUAAAUAUCAAUUCAGUUAUAAUAAAGAACAUAUUAUUUCUGAAAAACCAAAAGACGACACACAAAGUAUAGAUCAAAUAAAUAAGUCCAAUGCUAAUGUUUUAAAUAAAAUAUUUUUAGAUAUUAAUACAAAAAUUGAAGAUAUGAAAAAAGUUAUAAAUGAUACAAAAAAUUCACGCCAUUAUGUAGAGCAAAAAGUUAAAUAUUAUGAAACUUUGCUUAAUGAAUAUUUAAAAAAAAUCACAGAUACUAAUUUAAAAUGUGAUCAGUUCUAUAAAUUAUAUAAAGAAUCUCAAUAUAAAAAUAGCAUUAACAAAUCUAAAAAAAAAGUUCUAAAACAUCAAAUAGAGGAAUUAAAAAAUUUUAAUCAAAUUUUAUUAAAUAAAAUUGAUCAAUCCAAAAUAGAUAUUAAUACAAUCGAUGAAGAAAAAAAUAAAUAUUAUUCACUUUUAGAACAAGCUGAAAAAAAAAAUAUAUUAUUUUACAACAAAUUAAAUAAAGGCACAACUGCUCAAAAAAGUGUCAUAAAAGAUAACAUAUUCCAUGUCUCAGCAGGGGAUAUUAUUUCUGAUAUGGUUGAUAAAGAAUACAUUAAUUUUUAUUCUUCAAAUAAUAUAAAAUACGAUUUCUCUCCAAUUGAACAAAGUUUAAUGAUGGAACAGAAACAAAACAAUUGCAUAAAUUUUAUAUCGAAAUAUAUAGGCAACUGUAAGGGGGAAAAAAUUAAGGUCACUAAUUUAUACGUUUCCGAUAAAUUCAACAUCAAAAAAGAAAGAAAGAGGAAAAAAAUACUAUUUUAUUCUGAUAACGAUAAUGAUAGAAAAAAAAAAUAUAAAAAUUAUUUUUUAAAUCGGUGCGUAUAUAACAAACCAAUAAACAUUAUGGUUAAUUCAGAUAAAAUCAGUGAGCCAUAG